UGGUGCAUUGUGGGACUUUAUGUAAAGCCAACAUGGCAGCCUCCUGCGCCAGAACGCUCGGUAAGGUCGGCUUGUCAUUCCUGGAGUCGUCGGCGUCCCGUCCGUCCGGUACCUUCUCCUACCUGCUGAGGAAUGUGGGCGCGCACGGAUCCAGGAGGGCGUACGGGACCGGCGCGGCGGGGGUCCGGUCCAAGCUGCUCUCCGGUGUGCGCGCAGGAGGAGGCAGGGUCCUGGGCUGCGCUUUCCUGCUCGGCGGAGGUUUGGGUUUAUAUCAGACCGUAAAGCUGUCCGUCCAGCAGCACCUGGCCGAGGAGAAGAGGAAGGCUCCAGCAGGCAGUCUGAAGCUGAUUCUGUACCAGUACAAGACCUGCCCAUUCUGCAGCAAGGUGCGAGCCUUUCUGGACUACUACGGUCUGCCGUAUGAGAUUGUGGAGGUGAACCCAGUGAUGAGGCAGGAGAUCAAGUGGUCUACCUACAGAAAGGUGCCCAUCCUGAUGGUGGAUGAUGAGGUGCAGCUGAAUGACUCGUCUGUCAUCAUCAGCUCCCUCAAGACCCACUUAGUCAACAAGGAGAAAAGCAUGUCCAACAUCAUUCGCUGCUACCCGGAGAUGAAGUCAGUGAACGACGGCGGGAAGGAGGUGACCGAGUACAACAACAAGUACUGGCUGAUGCUGAGCGAAGCAGAGACCGUCGCAGUUUACCCCCAGAAGGAAAUGCAGAAAGAGGAGAUGAAGUGGCGUCAGUGGGCUGACGACUGGCUCGUACAUCUCAUAUCUCCCAACGUGUACCGAACCACCGGCGAGGCCCUGGCCUCCUUUGACUACAUCGUGCGCGAGGGCAAGUUUGGUACUUUUGAAGGCUUCUUUGCUAAAUACGUUGGCGCUGCGGCCAUGUUCCUCAUCUCCAAAAGGCUGAAACGGCGACACAAUCUGCAGGACGACGUCAGGCAAGAUCUCUACAAGGCCGUCAACGACUGGGUGGCAGCCAUCGGCAAGAACAGGAAGUUCAUGGGUGGAGAUCAGCCCAACCUGGCAGACCUGGCAGUGUUUGGAGUCCUCAGAGUGAUGGAGGGCCUGCAGGCAUUUGAUGACAUGAUGGCGAACACCAAAGUGAAAUACUGGUACAGACGCAUGGAGAGGGCGACGCUCAACCACGAGGGUCUCAACCCUGAGCCUCAGAAACACUGAACAGCAAAAUCUCGAGAAGGAUGGCGACCGGAAACGAGAAGACGACCGCCGCCAGACGGUGUGAGCGCGGUCACUGCUGCCCCGAUCGGCUUCCUGUACUUGAACUUGUUAGUUCCUGUGAGAGAGUCCUGACUCCAUCAAUAACAGAGCUGCUUUGUGGAUCAAAUCUGCUCUUAAUUUAAGGUCUGUGAUUUUUACUGGCCUCUACUGGUGAACUAGAUGAACUACAACAUCUACUUCACCGGAAGAGCUUGAUCUGUUUUUGUAAUUUUAAGGAACUGAGAAGUCACAUUUUCAGAGUACGGUUAAAGGAGAAAUCUGCACAUAUUCAUGCAGCUAGUCUUCUAAUUUCAUCCACAUAUGUUUGAUUUACUUUAAGUUCUAGUGAAGUGAAAAUCUCCACUUUUUUCCUCCCUACUCAUCGGGCAGUCUGCGGGGUUUCUAUGCACAAACCUAGACAGACUUCCAGGCUGGUGUCUGAAGGAAAGAAGAGAAACUAUUUGUUCCUUAUUUUAGAGUUUGGAGAAGUUUUUUCCUCCUCAUGAUCUCACGUGGAAAAAGGUUGGAAAUCUAAAUAGUCCGGGAUAAACUGAUCAGUAUUUUCUCUUCUGCUGCGCUCAGAACUUCGAGUUUGUUUCUCUGCAGCUUUGUCUGGAAAAAAUGGUCCAUGUUGAUUUUUGUGUAGUUUCUGUGCAGGAGGAGAUCAGAUUGUUCCUCCGAUGCAGGGGCGGUCUGACGGCGAGGAAUCGAUUAGUUCGACUAUUUGGGUAAAAUAAACGAAUAACUGGCGAGCUGCCACUGAAUGUGCUUCAUAUGCAAAUUUUCAGCUGCAAUGUUUUAGCUGACUUGAAGAAACUAUUAAAAGUGAUUCAAUGUGCAUAGUUGUAAAAAGGUCAAAUAAAAAAGUUCAGCUGAAGUUUCUUGUUAGUUUUUUACAUCAUGUUUAUGCAGAGUGAGUAUGAGGUGUUUCUUGGACAGCACCCCCUCAGUCUGUGGUGAUAUAAAACUCACUUCACUGUGUGGACAAGUAUGGGUCUUCUUCCAGACCUCGGCAAAGUGGGGACACAGAAACUUUAUUUAUGUGCAGCCAUUUGAUUUAAUGGAAUCUGCAGUGAUUUAGAAAUGCCUCAGACCACCUCAGCUCAGGUAAAUCUACAGUUGUUAGAU